CUAAGGUGUUAAAGCUGGAGGUUUCCUACCUUUCCGUUUCUCUUUCUCAUUGUCUUGUUUUCUGUGAUCUUUACAUUCAAUUGAUACCUAGAAAAUCCCUCAUAUUAUAUCAUCAUAUCAACACACUUUCUUUGCUCAAUAGACACCAUGGACUCCUACGGUCAAGACAACUUUGGUGGUGGCCGUCGCGGUGGUGGUGACAGCUCCGGAGGCAACAACUCUGGCUUCGGCGGUAGUGACUCCCAGUUCGGCGGAGGUAACUCUGGAUUCGGAGGCAAUGAUUCUAGCUUUGGCGGUGGUGGCCGCGGAGGUGACUCCGGCUUUGGAGGUAACGGCGGUGGUAACAGCUUCGGAGGCGACGACUCUGGGUUUGGUGGUGGAAACAGUCGCGACAACAACAACUUUGGCGGUAACGACUCUCAAUUUGGUGGGGGUGGCUCUGGGUUUGGGGGAAAUGACUCGGGUUUUGGCGGGGGUCGCGGUGGAGGUGACUCUGGCUUCGGAGGUAACGACUCCAGACAUGGUGGAAACGGUUCUGGAUUCGGUGGUAACGACUCUGGAUUUGGUGGUAACAGCUCUGGCAACUCUGGCUUCGGCGGUAAUGACUCUGGAUUUGGCAGAGGAGGAGAUAACCAGAACAACUUCGGGGGGUCUGGUGGUGGAAAUGACUCCUUCGGUGGCUCCUCCGGUGGCUCCUCUGGCGGGCUUGGGAGCUUGGUGAACAAGGCAGAAGGAUUCCUCGGCGGCCACGGUGGAAACAACAACCAGGGCGGCUCAAACAACGGAGGACAGGGUGGUAACUCUGGAGGCAACUUUGUCGACUCGAUGGUUGACCAGAAGGUUGACCAGUACGUCCCUAGUGGAAUGGAUGGUGCUGUUAACCAGGGAAUCAACCAGGAGGUUAACAAGUUUUUCUAAGGACCUGUCUCGCGAGUUAUGGAAUGUCAAUGUCCCUGAGCAUGAUAACACUGUCUCAGUAGUUACUUCGAUCUUAUAAUGAAUACGUUGUGUCAAUGUCAUGG